GUUGACGAACCGAGGCGGGGCGGUCUCAGGGUGGUUCCGGGGCGAUGUGAGGCGGUCCCGGGGCAAUGCGGGGCGGUCCUGGGCCGGUCCCGGGGCGGUCCCGUGUCCGCCCUUAUAGCGGCGGCGGCGGCGGUUCCCGGGGCGGCGCGGCCGCCAUGGACCUGCACAUCCUGGAGCACCGGGUGCGGGUGCUGAGCCUGGCCCGCCGUGGGCUCUGGCUCUACACCCACUCGCUGCUCAAGCUGCUCUUCCUGCCCCAGCGCUGCCGAUGCAAGUUCUUCAGCCUGACGGAGACCCCCGAGGACUACACGGUCAUGCUGGACGAGGAGGGCUUCAAAGAGCUGCCACCCUCCGAGUUCAUGCAGGUGGCAGAUUCCACGUGGCUGGUGCUCAGCGUGGUCUCCAACGGGCGGGAGCCCCCCGGCUGCCAGGCCACCGGUGUCACCAAGAUCGCGCGCUCGGUCAUCGCGCCGCUGGCCGAGCACCACGUCUCGGUGCUGAUGCUCUCCACGUACCAGACCGACUUCAUCCUGGUGCGGGAGCGGGACCUGCCCGUGGUGAUCCACACGCUGGCCGGGGAGUUCGACAUCUACAGGGAGGAGAGUGGCGAGUGUGUCCCCAUCACCUGCGAUGACGUGAGCAACGGCUUCCUCAAGCCCAAGCCACGCCUGACGCGCGGCCGUUCCCCUGCCAGCUGCCAGCCCCACGCUGCACCCGGUGCAGAGCCCCCAGACGCGCUUCUGUGUCCUGACGGUGGCCCCCGACACGCUGCCCGCCAUCGCCACCAUGCUCAUCGACGUCCUCUUCUACUCCCACAGCACCCCAGCAUGAUGCUCAGACACCCAGUGCACCACCAAGCCCUUCUCCUCCCCAUUUUGGGGGUCAUGACCCCUCCGUGUGUCCCCCUGCCCCUCAGCAGCCCCCCCUGGGAUGCAGCCACCGGCAGCCAGGACCUCGACUCCAUCACCUUCUUCUCCUUCUCCCUCAUCGAGGGCUACAUCUCCAUCGUGAUGGAUGCCGAGACCCAGAAGCGCUUCCCCAGUGACCUCCUGCUGACCAGCUCGACGGGGGAGCUGUGGCGGAUGGUGCGCAUCGGGGGGCAGCCCCUCGGCUUCGACGAGUGUGGCAUCGUGGCGCAGAUCGCGGAGCCGCUGGCGGCCGCCGACAUCUCGGCCUAUUACAUCAGCACCUUCAACUUCGAUCACGCCUUGGUCCCCGAGGAGGGCAUUGCUGAGGUGAUCCAGCUGCUGCAGCAGCGGCAGGAGGGCGGCAGAUAGCGGCUGUCCCCGGAAUGACUGUCCCAGCGCGGUGUCCCCCCUCCUCCCCACCCCUGUUCAGUAAUUGUUCGUUUUAAUGAUCCCCCGGCACAGGACAGAGCGGGCACAGCAUCUCUCCCUCUGUGCUGGGGAUGUGGUGGCUUUGGGGACGUGGUGGCCCUGUGGCAGUGAGCACUGGCCCCCAGGAGAAGGGUCAGUCCCUGGGUGCCAUCCUCUCCCUCUAGCCUGGCCUGUGUGGGGUGGGUGGCCCAGGGAGAGUGGCUGUGUCCAGGUGGAGGGGACAUGGCGGGGACAUGCCAAAGAGCAACAUGGUGCUAUAGGGGACAGCCUGGGGCUGAUGGGAUGUGUCCCCUUGGGAAGGGAGCAGUGGCCACAAUGCUCAGGGACACCCCUGGACUAGCCCCGUGGAGGGAAGAGCAUUCCUGGAGCUGGGGUUCCCCUGGCACCCCCAAAAUCUCCAAGGGGGCAGUGGAGGGGCUUUGGUUCAAUGCCAGCCCUGGCUGUCACCGGUCAUGGAGGAGUGACAGUGACACCCAGCACCUCACAAGUUGUAUUUUCACAUAGUUUUUGAUAAGUCAAUAAAAUUCUUAUUGUUUUUA